ACCUUCUUCCAUAGGAAACAAAGCAGCUUAUACCAUAUAGAGUCAUAUUUGCUUAUUGAGAGGAUUGAAAUUAAUUUGAUCAUCCUUAAUUUGUGAGAAAGAGAAUGGAGUGCUUCCCAGUCAUUAACAUGGAGAACCUCAAUGGUGAGAAGAGAGCCAUUACCAUGGAGAAGAUCAAAGAUGCAUGCGAGAACUGGGGUUUCUUCGAGAUUGUUAAUCAUGGGAUAUCCCAUGAACUGAUGGAUGCGGUGGAAAGCCUGACGAAGGGCCACUACAGAAAGUGCAUGGAGCAAAGGUUCAGGGAGUUGGUGGCAAGCAAGGGCCUAGAGGCUGUCCAGAAUGAGGUUACCGACAUGGACUGGGAGAGCACCUUCUUCGUUCGCCACCUCCCCGAGUCGAACAUCUCCGAGAUCCCAGAUCUCGAGGACGAGUACAGAAAAGCUAUGAAGGAGUUCGCACUGAAGCUGGAGAAGCUGGCCGAGGAGCUGUUGGACCUGUUGUGUGAGAACCUGGGAUUGCAGAAAGGGUACCUAAAGCAGGCAUUCUAUGGUUCGAGGGGUCCAACCUUUGGCACUAAGGUUGGCAACUACCCGCCGUGCCCUAAGCCCGACCUGAUCAAGGGACUCAGAGCCCACACCGAUGCCGGCGGUAUCAUCCUUCUCUUCCAGGAUGAUAAGGUCAGUGGCCUCCAGCUCCUUAAGGACGGAAAGUGGGUUGAUGUUCCACCCAUGCGCCACUCCAUUGUCGUCAAUCUCGGAGACCAGCUCGAGGUGAUCACCAAUGGAAGGUACAAGAGUGUGCUGCACCGGGUGGUGGCACAGACUGACGGGAACAGGAUGUCCGUAGCCUCGUUCUACAACCCUGGGAGCGAUGCGGUUAUAUACCCAGCUCCGGCAUUGGUGGAGAAAGAGGCAGAGGAGGCCAACGAGGUCUACCCAAAGUUCGUGUUCGAGGACUACAUGAAGCUCUACGCAGCGCUCAAGUUCCAGGCAAAGGAGCCAAGGUUUGAAGCCAUGAAAGCUGUUGGAGCAACCAUCAACUUGGGUCCGAUUGCCACUGCAUAAUUAUGAAGAUCAGCACUUCUAGUCCAACGAAGAGGAGGAUUACAAUUAUUUAACUUGCGUUCAUUAAUUAAAUAUAUACUCGUUAAGGUUUAAAAAAAAGGGUCCCUUUGGUUCGAAGGUAUUGAUCUGUACGUAGAUGGAAAUGACAGGAGUUUGACGUGUGGCAUUACAUUUAGUAUAUACGUAUAUGAUCAAUAAAUUAAUAAAAAUUCAUUAUUAUUA